UCAAACCUUGACAGCAGGAUCGAGGCACUCUAGCUAGCCACGACUCAACCUGUCCGACCAGUAUCAUAGCCUUUUAAAAACAGACCCCAAAACAAAAACGAAGCAGUCAACGACUCCGUAAUGGAGAGUGCUGUUUCCACGGUGGUGGAGGCCAAUGGGCUUCCUCACCUGAAGAUAAGCGUGCAGGAGGAGGCUCCUCAGGAGGGCAUCCUGGAGCUGCUCAAGUCCCUCAGGCCUCAGUGGAGGACAGGAGACGUCAAGAUGAAGGUGUUCACAGAAGGUAUCACCAACCAGCUGAUGGCUUGCUACACGGGCUGCUUGUGGUCGGGAGACGUGGUGCUGGUGCGAGUGUACGGCAACAUGACGGACCUCUUCCUGGAUCGCCGCAAGGAGAUGGAGAUGUUCCAGACGUUUCACCAGCACGGCUGCGGGCCCAAACUCUACUGUAGCUUCGAGAACGGCAUCUGUUACGAGUUCAUGCAAGGGGCGGUGCUGGAGGAUUCUCUGCUAGCACAGCCGCACAUUUACAGACUAAUUGCUGAAGAGUUGGCAAAGAUCCACACUAUCAAGCCAAAGGCGGGCUCUCCCCCACAGCCUGUUCUCUGGACCAAAAUGUCUCAGUUCCUCCAUCUCGUUCAGGAUUCUGAGAGUGAGGUGCCAAUAGUGAGUUCCAUGUGCCUGCCGGAAGCUGCCAGCGUGGAUGCUCUGCAGAGUGAGAUGACAGAGUUAAAAAGGCGUCUCGCUCACGUGUACUCCCCAAUAGUGCUGUGUCACAACGACCUCCUGACAAAGAAUAUUGUCUACGAUGACAGAAAAGGCUCUGUGAGCUUCAUAGAUUAUGAGUAUGCCGAUUUCAACUAUCAGGCCUUUGACAUUGCCAAUCACUUCAACGAAUUUGCAGGUGUGGGUGAGAUUGACUACAGUUUAUACCCUAGCGUGGAGCUUCAACGGGCCUGGCUGACUGUUUACCUGAGGAGAUUCAAGAGCAGCACAGGAACUGAUGUCACAGUCUCGGAACAGGAAGUCAAUGGCCUGUAUGUCACAGUUUGCCAGUUUUCACUGGCCUCACACUUUUUGUGGGGAUUAUGGGCCAUAUUCCAGGCCAGGCAUUCAACUAUCAACUUUGACUUUGUACAAUAUGCUAAGGCCAGAUUCCAGCGUUAUUUUGAGAAAAAAGAAGAGUAUUUUGGGAUGUAAACACAAAACACUUUGUGCAAUGAUGUUACAGUUCUCAUUUCGUUUUUUGUACCAGGUUUAACCAGGUCACUAUGCAUCACACAUUUUCAUUGUUAUAGGCUAUCUGAAUUUCAUUGACUAACCACAUUUGCCUACAAUCUAUUCUUGAAAGUGAAAUCUCUCUGUGAAUUACUUGGGCUGUCCAUAUGUAAAGCAGUAUAAACUUUAUGACAUUAGAAACUAAUACUUUAUGGGGAAAAACAUACUGAACUUUUGCAUGCACUGCACUUUGGGUGAAGGACUGGAAAAGGCUUACUGUAAUCUGAAAGACGUAAAGCCAUCUAAACAAAGAUAACCUUAACAAACACACAAGUCACUGCUGUUUUUUCAACGGUUAUUGAACAAAUUUUCAUCCGCUUACUCAAUGGAUUGUGUUGAAACUCACCAUGGAUCACUGCUACAGAGUGUUAAUCGUGCUAAAGGCAGUAUUUUAUGAGGUCAUCACUGCGGGUUGUGUGUUCAAACCUCUUGACAGGCACAGUGCUAACUACUGUAUACAUUGCCAGUAUCAAAGAACUCAAUGCCUUUGAUGCAUUUCUCACACUGUAUUUCAGACAUGUUUGAAGUGUCUAAAUUGGUUUUAAUCAUAUGCUAUUGCUUUGAAGUAAAAAAAAAUGUUUAAAUGAAUUUUUUGCCACAAAAAGAUAUGCCCAGAAGGUUACAAAUCUGAAUUCUACAGAUCAUACUUAUCAGUUUCAAAAGGACAGAAAAAGUUGCUGAUUGAACGUAUGAAGAAUAUCUAGUUAACAUCACUUGGAUUGCGUGCCAGUCAUUCACAUUUUUUCUGAAGUUCAAACUCAUCUCGUAUGUACAGUAACAACUGACUGAUGCACAGGUAGUGCAAGCACCACAAAAACACCAGUUUAAGUUCAAAUUCCAAAGUCUUUAUUUUUCUGAUUGUCUUUUGAUCUCAUUGUUUUAGAGCCUGUAGAGGCUAAUAAAUACAACAAAAUGUUAUUAUACACUAAAUAGCUUCAAAUACAAUAUUUAACACAAA